UCCAGAACAGGCGCCCCUGUUACAGUCCUUAACACCGCGACACCACACACUCAGAGUGGUACACUCCGUUUCUAUAGUUACGACUUAACAGUCAGCGCGCGUCUUUGCAGCUGUUUCUUUCACUUUGAGUUUUGGUUUGAUUUAAUGAUGGCAGACGCUGAAAUGAUCAAAUAUGAUUUUGCGCGAUUACAGGCCGAACUCGAGCACGAGAGAGAGAUCAGAGAGAUGCUGAAAGAAUCUGUGUGUGACCUAAAACGCACCUUGUCUGACUUGGAAGAUCGAGUGAAUAGUGUGGACAAAGAAGGGAACGAAUGGAAAACUAGAUUCGAGACCCAACUGGAGCUUAACAGGCAGCUGGAGAGGCAAAUUGGAUUUGUGCAAGAGAGGUUGGAGAGUCUACGGGGAAAUCCUAUUGAUCGACUGGCUUCAAUUCGCUUAUAUGAUGAAAUGCCAGAGGACACUUUAAGACAUCAACAUAAACUUUUGAGCACCAAAAGAAGUAGCCUUCAAAGUCAUUUGCUGGAAUGCCGUCUGAGAAUUAAAGAAGAAGGAAAGGCAUACCAAAAGGCCUAUGAUGAAAGGCGAGCUUAUCUUACAGAGAUUGCAAAGGUCUCUUCUGCUUUUGAAUGGACCAGAAAGCAACAGUUGCCCCAGUCUCAAAAAAACACUCAUAGUCCAGUAAAAGGAGCUCCAGUGAUGUUGAUGCAUGACUUAAAGGGAAAAAGAGGUGUAGCCAGUACAGUCACAGAGACUCGACUGCCAAGAUUGAAGCGCUGACAAGAGAUGCCUUCACAAAUGCCAAAAAAGAAGAAAUAAACAAGAAGGAAGCAUUUAACAUUAUAACAACACAGAGAAUUGAAUUUAUUUUUGCAUAACGCUUUUGAUGGUAAUGACUCAAUAGGUUGAGCUUGACAUAUGAAAGUCAAAUGAACUAACAAAAACAUAAACUGAAAACAAUAAUUUAGGUAGAUAAGUGAUUUAGAGUUAGGUUUUCUCUGUUUAAUAUUGACUAAGUAAUAAUACUACUACUAUUAAUAAUAGUUAUAAUAGAAAGGUAUGACAAUUUUAUUUGCAGUGUAUGUUGUACUCUGCUAGCUAGGAACAUAAUCUUCAUAAUGUUAAUUUACAUUGUUUUUAUAAUUACUAAAUACAUUUAAAUAACCGAUAUGCAUGCUUGUACAUUUGGUCUUCUCUUAUGUUUGCUCUUAAUCUGUUUGAGUAUGCAUGUUUUAUGCACAUUUUUAAUAAAAUAAAAGA